CGCUUCGAGCACGUAUUCGCGGAUACAUUCAUACUAUACAACAAUAUACGAGAACAGCAGAAACCGAGCCAAGCCAAAAGCAAUCCAUCAAUCCGUCAUAGCAGACGCGCUCGCUUCGUUCGCGAAUCUCGCGCGGCUCUCACCAUAUCUAUGAAGAUACAAUAAUAAUAACAAAAGCAUCGCGCAUCCGUCGGAUACAGAUACAACAACAACAAUAGAUACAACAGAUACAAUUGCAACAUCUCAACAUGCUCAGUGCUGCUGACUUUGAACGAUAAUAACGAAAGAUGGAUGGGCAGCUAAGUGUUUUCACUGCCAGUGUUUUCAUCGAUGACGUUUUAAACUACACUCCAACAUUCGCGCUGAUGGAUACUACAAAAAAAAUAAAUUCGUCGUAAAUGCUCAACCGUCUCCCAAAAUUAGAUACAAUCAAUUGAUCGUUUAUAAUCGAUCCUAACCAGAACUGUGACAAAUCGUGUGCCUGCCCGCUGCGGCUAAUUGCGGCUAUAAAUUCGCCAAAAAUUCAGUGAAACGACAGGUAAAACAGCGAAUGCAACUGCGAACUCCCCGUUAAACCUCAGGAUAUGCAAAACGGAUUAACUUGAAAAUAUGCGGGCUCGACUCGGUAAUUAGCUAAAGGUCAACUCAAAGUGCUCGAAAAUCGUUUCCGCCGCAUAACAAAAACAUUGUGAAUUUACAACAACAUUAAUAAAUUGUGAAGUGAAGCACAUUCAAAUCGGUUGCACUUGUUUAACAACAAAUAACAAUUACCGACGGCUAAAAUUUUGUUCAAGUGAAUGCAGCUAAACUGCGAAACUUCAAAGCAAUUUUAAACAGAGAGCAAAGAUAUCGAUCGCGAAAAUGGAUCCCGACUGCUUUGCCAUGUCCUCGUACCAGUUUGUCAACUCGCUGGCCUCCUGCUAUCCACAGCAGAUGAAUCCACAGCAGAGCCAUCCGGGCGCCAAUGCCAGCAAUGCGGGCAACAGCAACGGCGGCGGUGCGGGCGGUGCAACGGGGGGGCAGGGCAACUCGGGGGCAGCGACGCCGGGCAGCAAUGAUUACUUCCCAGCAGCGGCCGCGUACACGCCCAAUUUGUAUCCGAACACACCGCAGGCACACUAUGCCAACCAGGCUGCCUAUGGAUUGGGUGGCGGUGGAGGAGGUGCGCCUGGCGGUGGUCAGGCUAAUCCCGAUAUGGUCGACUAUACACAGUUGCAGCCACAGCGAUUGCUGCUGCAGCAGCAGCAACAACAGCAGCACGCACAUGCGACGGCUGCAGUUGUGGCUCAGCAGCAACAGCAGCAGCAACAGUUGCCACAGCAGCAGCAACAACACCCGCAGCAACAGCAACAGCAGCAGCAGCAGCAACAACAGUCGAGCAUCAGCUGUAAAUAUGCCAACGAUCCGUCAACGCCCGGGGGGCAACACAACAACAACAAUAACAACAACAACAGCGCCAACAGCAACAACAACAACAACCAAUCGUUAGCCAGUCCACAGGAUCUCUCCACCCGCGACAUCUCGCCCAAACUCUCGCCCAGCUCCGUCGUGGAGAGCGUCGCCCGUUCCCUCAACAAAGGCGUCCUCGGUGGCAGCUUAGCCGCCGCUGCCGCCGCCGUCAGCCUGAACAACAACCACAGCGGCGGGGCAGGCAGCGGGGUGCCAGGACCCGGCAAUGUCAACGUCAAUGUGCCCAUGCACAGUCCGGGUGGCGGCGACUCUGACUCCGAGAGCGACAGCGGCAACGAGGCGGGCAGCAGUCAGAACAGCGGCAAUGGCAAGAAGAAUCCACCACAGAUCUAUCCCUGGAUGAAGCGAGUACAUCUCGGACAGAGUACUGUGAAUGCCAAUGGCGAGACGAAACGACAACGGACCUCAUACACCCGCUAUCAGACACUCGAGCUGGAGAAGGAAUUCCACUUCAAUCGCUACCUGACACGCCGGCGACGCAUCGAGAUCGCACACGCGCUCUGUUUGACGGAGCGACAGAUCAAGAUCUGGUUCCAGAAUCGUCGCAUGAAGUGGAAGAAGGAGCACAAGAUGGCGUCAAUGAACAUUGUGCCCUAUCAUAUGGGUCCAUAUGGCCAUCCAUAUCACCAGUUCGAUAUCCAUCCGUCACAGUUUGCGCAUCUGAGCGCAUAGGACGCGUGGCACUUUUCGGGUACUGGUUAGAGACUCAAUCAGUUGUAUCAGGAACCAUAUCAGGCGGCGGCAGCGGCAAGCGUGGCCGGCGGCUAUCAGUCACAGGGCUCUCAGGAUGCCACAUCGGUGGCCUCGGUGCUCGGCAGUGGCAGCGGCAGCGGUGGCGGCGGUGGAGUUGGAGUUGGGAUUGGGGCUGUUGGGGGCAAUGUCGGUGCCGGCAACGGUCCCAACUCGUUGUUCAGCUCCGCCGCGGCGGUGGCCAAUGCCGGCAAUGCCAAUGCCGAGUGCAUUAAAUAUCCGCAAGAGUUCUGAUCUCAGGUUAUCCUCAGGCCACAGCAGCAGCAGCAACAGCAGCAGCGGCAGCCUGACUCGGACUGUGAGCCCGAGCUUGGGCUGGAGUCAGAGCCAGAGGCAGAACCAAAGCUAAAGCCAGAACCACAGCCAGAACCAGAGCCGGAGGCGGAACUAGAAUUGGAGCUAGGGCUGCAGCUGGAGCUGGAAUAUAAAGCGGAUAUUGUUGGCUGCAAUUUGUUCUGCUGCUGAGCCGGUGACACAUUGCCACUGCCACUGUUCCAUAUCUGCAUCUGCACUCGCAUUCGCAUCCGCCGCCGCCGUCGAUCAACCAACAUCAAAGAUGAUGCUUCUUGUUUGCAACUGAUUCGUGUUAAGCUGAGAAACGAGCCGUUGCUGGAGCUCGGCUCGUUUGGGUUUAUGAUACUGGAGGUGGAACUGUCAUAUCAAAGUUCUCCCAGAGCCAUCCUGCACACCACCCCACCUAGACACACACACACACAGACAACCACACACAUACAAACAAACACUUGGGCAUGGAUCUGAAGAGAUUACUUCGCAUAUAAUCAAUAUAUACUUCAGCACUAUCGGAGUUGUUGCCGUUGGACGUCCAGUAUGAUAAACCUCUUUCUCUAAGCAGUAUUCGAAAAGCUAUUAGAUCCUAAGUCUAGCAUAAAUUUUAGUCCUAAGCAGCACACACACGAUGAACAAACCCGUAAUAUAAUAUAUUUGCAAUAAUUUCAAAGUGAUUUCUAUUAAACUUAGUUCUCGUUUUAUACAUAAUUCUAAUUCUAAUCCCUCCCUGACACACACAACUGUAUCCUCUGAAAUGUGUACUUAAAAAUCGAUCUAUCAUAUUUCUCCAUAUAACUAUCCAUAUAAGGCUUUGUUUAGUUUGUAAAUAGCAGAGCGUCCAUCACUCAGAUGGCGCCUUAUUAUGUUUGUGUUUCUCAUUUUUGUCUAUUGAUUGAAAAUUUAAUUUGUGUUGUUGAAAGUGCUUGAACAGCUUUUGGAGAUGCUUUAAUAAUUUGUAUCAAAAAUUAACUUAAUACUAUUUAAUCUGUAAUUUGUUUUAUUUGCAAACCAAUGAUGAACAAACAAAUUCGGAAGACAAACAGGGAAAUUUGGCAAGACGAUCGAACUGUUUCGAAAUUGCGAAUUUUUUAGCAUAAUUUCAAUAGCAACAAAAUGCAAAGCUAUCUUCCUCCACAUCAGACUCUAGUUCUCUACUUCUAUCGCACCUUCAAAUUUCCAUCUCGAUUAAUUAUUAUUUCGAGUUGAAUUAAAAGCUUUCAUCUCUGUACAACGAUAUACAAAUCCUAUAAAUAUUGUCUCUUAGUGUAAGUGGAAUUAUUGAAUAAUGCGCAAAUUGUUAAACUCUAAUGCUAUACAAAUUAUACCUAAAUGUAAUGUAAUUAUUUAUGCUGUACUUUUCGCUAAGCUAAGGUUAGUGCAUUCUAGAACCUAUCGGUAGUCUAUGUGAACCUAGCAAGUAAGCCUAAAUUAUAUGUAUCGAAUUAGCAAGACAAAUUUUAGUGAAAGGUAAAAUAAAAAUAUAAUAUGUAUGAAGAAAAUUAUAAUAAACAACCGCGCAUUGCAAUAUUAAGAAAGGGAAGAACAUUAAGAAAACUUGAAAAACAAACAUUUAGCACAAAUUAAUUAAUUGUUUUUUUUCUUUUAAUUAUUAGUUUAUGUUUCUGGCAAAUUGUCCAAAAUACAUGAUUUUGUUAAUAUAAAUGCAAUACAGAAAGUAUUCCUUUGGACUUAGUAUCAGUGCACAGAGAGCGCAAAAUGUUUAACUGCAUUCCAUGUAAAAAGAAAUUACAUAACUAAUUUUUUAAUAAUAUGUAAUAAUAUGGGUUCAAUUGCAUACGUAAUGUUUAUGAAAUGAAUCUUUCAUCUAUUCAACCACAAAACAAUACAAAUAUGAAUAAAUCAAAAACAAACAAAGCAUAUGUAAACUUGUAUGAAUAUGGAAUAAAA